AUGUGGUGGAGUGGACCUGUCGCGGAUCGUCUUCCAUUGGAGUAUGAUUUGGCUAGAAAGGCUUGUCAAUGUGUUGGUGGCGAUACCAUUGUACGCGUGGAUGGGUAUGCGACGUAUGAGAGGUGUGCCAUGUAUCGGCUAUAUUCUGAGUACUGUCCUCAUGGCGAUCUCGAAGACGUGAUUAAACUAUACAAAGAUCUCGGACUUGCCAUGAACGCUCUCGGCCCAGGAAUCCACUUUAACAAAGGAAUCCCCAACCGAAUGCUCUGGGCAAUUUUCGAAGCCCUCUCCUCCGCCCUCUGCAUCCUCCAAAACGGCCGCCUCCCCACCUCCCCUCCACCCCCACCCAACACUCCCCCAUACCAACCCAUAAUCCACCACGACCUCAAACCCGCCAACAUCUUCCUCUCCAAACCACACGCAACCUUCUGGCCAGGAAUCCCCAUCCCCAAACUCGGCGACUUCGGCCUCUCCGCCCCUCUAACCUCCCCAGAAGCUCAAGUCCCCGGAAUCGGAACCCGCGGCUACCAAGCCCCCGAACAACACCGCUACCCCCCCGAAAGUCCCUUCCGAUAUACGACUCUUCAAGAUUCCAAAACUGACAUUUGGGUCGUGGGUCGUAUCAUGUUGAGUCUGAUGCGACUGGAAGAUGAACGCAAUGUACAUCCCGCACCGCUCACAGGAGGCGCGAUUAUGCCUCGAUUGACGGCUUUGGAUCGGCCGAAAUUUCCUUCGAAGAUGGUGGAGUUGGUGCAUGAUUGUUUGGAGGCUGAGAAGGGAAAUCGUCCAUGUGCGGAGGUGUUGUGGAGGAGAAUUCGAGAGGAGGUGGGGAGUUUUCCGGAUCAGGGGGGUUUGUAUUCUGAUUUGAUGCCGAUGAGGAUGCAGAAGGGGGAUGUGGAGAGGGAGAGGAUUAUGUGUUCUAAUCCGGGGGAUAUUUAUGCUUCGUUUGGGUUAGAGUGA